AUGCCCCGAGCGUUUCCCGCGAUUUCGCUCGAGCGCGACGAACGUAUGUUCUCGGACGUCCGCGCCGACGCGCGCGAUGAACGCUCGUCUGUUAGCACGACGGCGCGAAGAGUAAACGUUCGGGACGCGAUGGGAAUGAACGCCGAGACAUCUUUCGUCGACGCGUCGUCCACCAUCGUGCGCGACGACGCGGACGACGUAGACUUGGCGUGGGUGUCAUUUGCGAACGACGCCGCGGUGUUGGCACGGACGGAAGCGGAGGCGAGUGCGAGAGACGCGGCGUUCGAGGAGGCGUUGCAGCGAGUGCGUAAGAGCCGUCGCGCGAUGGCGCGACGGACGCAGGAGCGAGCGAACGCGCGACGGGAGUACUUGGAGGGCGAACGUGAUAGUGCCGAUGUUGGUGACGUGCGCGCGAGCUUGCAAACGGACGACGACGAGGGUGAGGGCGGAGGGACGUCCGCGGGGUGGCGAGGCGAGUUUUCAGCGCGCAAAGGCGACCCGGCCAGAGCGCCGCGAGCGCUUCCCCCGUCCUGGACCGCGCCAAAGCUUCCAGUGCAUCUCGGCGACGGACCGUCGGAAGCGUUCAGACGUGAAAUCGCGGACCGCGCCGCGCGGGCGAGUCAGGUGGCGGAGGAUGCUAUGCGCGAGUCGGACACCGUGGCGGAGCUCGCGGACCAAGUCAAGAGGCUCAACUCGGCCCUGAGCGCGUGUGAACGUCGCGAGAGCGCGGCCGAGAUGGCGGCCACAGCAGAGGCCGAGCGGGCGGCGGCUCUGGAGCAUCAGUACUUGGAGAUAAAGUCUCGUCUAAAGGCACGAGAUUCAGACGUGAGCGAAUUGAAUAAAGUCAUGUUCAUCCUGAAGAAGCGCGUCGAGGAAUUGACGGACGAAGUGGACGAGGCGAGGAGAGAAAACGAGAAACACAGGAUGGAAAUCGCUGAGCUCAAAGUGAAUGAUUCCGAGCUUCGUAGGACCGUGGAAAAGAGGGCUGUGGGCGAACGCAUUGCGCAGAGCGCGAGCGAGAGCACCAAGCGAGACAUCCUAGCUCUUCAGAGCAAAUGUCGAAUUCUCGAGGAGGAGAACGAGCGAUUGAGCGCACGCGUAUCUCAGAGCGAAGAGAACGAGCACGAGUCGAGUAGAUCAGCGCAGCGGUUCCAUCAACUCGCCGAGGCUUCGGCUAGAGAGAAUGAGAUUCUGCAACGCGCAAAUGACGCUUCUUCGGCUGAAAACGCGCAGCUUCGAGAAGAUCUCAAGGAGCUCCACAAGGAGGUUCGAGAACUGAAGACUCAGAUGAGCGCUAGGCGCGCGAACAUUCAAGUGACCGCGCCCCUGGCAGCACCUGAGCGCGUCGUACUGGCGCCAGCACCAGCACCGGCACCAGCACCGCCAGCGCCGUCGGCGAGGCCCAUCGAGCCGAAAGUCACGACAGAGGUUGCUGUUGAGCCCGCCAAGCCGCCGAAGCUCGCCGCGAGUCAGCCGCAUGCGUCUGCAGAAGAUCUCGUGAACGUUGAUUACGAGCACUUCGACAGGUCCGAGUACAGGAGACGCAUGCGGGACGGAAGUGGAUUCUUCUAUGACAUGCGAGGCGUCGAUCCGCCGAAGACAAAAGAGAAAGCCAAGCGAGAGGUGCCGACGAAACCGCGCCCCGGCGAGCGCUUCGUCCCUCCGCCCGAGCCUACGCCUCGAAAUCAAUCGUACGAGGAUUGGAUGCGCACGAUAUCCGAGCUCGAGAAGGAGCACAUGCGUCUCGCUCUGGAGCGAGACGGUCUCGAGGCUCAGCUCAACAAACUCCCGCCCGGCGCCGGACGCACCAUGCUUGAGCGCGAGGCCAAGGCCAGCGCCCUCGAGCGCCUCGACGCCGUGCACAAAUCGUUGAAGGAUAAUCGCAACGCCCUCAAACGGGCGCGAGACGCGCGUCGCGCUUAG